AAGAUGCUCAGAUUGCCUACAACAUCGGCUUCAGCUCUUCAAUGAACACUAAGGGAAACAACUUGCUGUCACAGGAAGCUAUGCUAGUUACAGCCCAUGAAUUCGGUCACAACUGGGGUGCAGAACAUGACGCAGAAACAGACGAGUGUGCUCCUGAUGCUUUCAACAAUGGCAGGUUCAUCAUGUACCCUUACGCUGUCAGUGGUUACGAUGAGAAUAACGAU